AUGGCGGAUGGGUACUGGAACCAGCAGCGACAGCAGCAUCCUCCAAGUGGUCCUCUGAAACGUCACCGUUCCGAUUUCGAAGCUCCACCAUCUGCAAUGGCUUCAGGGCGUGAGAUGCACGGUGGUUAUUUUCCGCGGGACGAGGAUCUCGAUGUUCCCGAUACAAGAACUAUUGGGUCUGCUUAUGAUCGAUACCUCCAAAGCGUGCAAACACCUUCGGGAGAAGCAGGUCCUCGUAAUGGUGUAGCCAUGGGGAGACCAGGAGGUAACGGGCAAUCCAUGGGCGAGUUUAUGAUGAGACGUGGUGGAGUUGUCCCUCAAGAACACGGUCUAGAUGGUCGUGGUAUGGGUUUUGAUCCACAAGAAUCUGUUGAUAGGCGUAACCGUGAACCACUUCCUCUACCUCCAGAUGCAUCCAACACGCUAUAUGACUUCCUUCUCUCCAGUUUCCUUAACCGAGGUCUAGAUAUAUUUCGACCUUUUGUAGGAUAUAGAGAAGUGAGACUUGUGACCAAAGACUCCAAACAUCGGAACGGAGAUCCUAUUGUUCUUUGCUUUGUUGAUUUUACAAACCCUGCUUGUGCAGCGACGGCUCUGAGCACCUUACAAGGCUAUCGAAUGGAUGAAAGCGAGCCUGAUUCCAAGUUCUUACGGCUUCAGUUUUCAAGAAAACCAGGUUCGAGACCGGGACAACGAGGAAGAAGGUGA